CUUUAGUUUGGUUGUGUUUUAAUUGAUUUUGCUAACUGUAAUUUUUUCAUUUAGAUAUUUGUUUCAUUGUGUUGUAUGGAUUUAGGUUGAAUUUUAUGGUCUUCUUAUGUUUUUUUUUUUUUUUGUUUUAAAAGGGUAUUUGUAUGGGUUGCGGUAGUAUAUGGUUGAUGAUAAUUGGGUUUGGAACUGGUUUGCGUAAUGCAAGGGUAAUUAUAAAUGGAUUUUGUGAUGGGUUUGGAUAUCUUAUAUAUAAAUGCGUUUGGAAACAGGUAGGGCGCUCUUAGAAGGUACCCGACCUGUUGCUUCAGGAGCUAUAGUAAACACAUGCCUACCUGAUUGCCAUGAAAUAAACGAAAAUGUUGUGCUCAAUGCUCAAGAGGGAUCUGUAGUCAACGGAGAGCUGGUAAUGUUCAAUAAUGGCUUCUUCCCAUGAUAGAGACACAGGACGCUCGAUGUUUAAAGUUAAUAAGCCUCAUUUUUUCAAGAUAAUUCUUGACGAUACUAUUCGUGAUGGGAAACUCGGCUUUCCGAGGAAGUUUGUGAAAGAGUAUGGAAAUAGUCUAUCUAGUCCACUAGUUUUUAAGGUGCCUAGUGGAGCAACAUGGCAAAUAGAGAUGGUCAAUUGUGAUGGUACGAUUUGUUUACAAAAGGGUUGGCAAGAAUUUGUUGAGUACUACUCUAUAGCUUAUGGGUACUUUCUAGUUUUUGAAUAUGAAAAGACUUGUCAUUUCAAUAUAUUCAUAUGUGAUAAGAGCGCUUUAGAAAUUGACUAUCCAUUUAGUGUUACUGAUGGUGAUCAUGACAAGGAAAAUAAUCUUGAGAAAGAACUUCAAAAGUCAAAGGUUGCAAAAUCAAAAGAUGAUGCUUUUACUGAUAAUAAGGAAAACAGUAUCGAGAAAGAACUUAAAGAACCAAAAGUUGAGAAAAGCAAAACUGAUGACUCUGUUGAAGUCUUGGAUGUAGAGGAAUCACCUAAUCCAUUUUAUCGGCCUUCUAAGAAGAUGAAGUUAGAGAAUUCCGCUCUACAAUUUGAAGCAAAGAAAUGCACCAGAAGAAUGUCCGGUGAAAAACAAAAAGCUAAUGAGGUCUCUGCAAGGACAGAACCUUUGGCAAUGAAUCGAAAAGUUAAUAAUGCUCUUCAAAGAGCUAAGGCUGAGUUUAAAUCUACAAAACCAUAUUUCAUGGUUGAAUUGCGACCAUCAUAUGUUCAUAAUGGAACUCGUGUUUCUAUAAAAGCAUCAUUUGCUCGGAAAUAUUUAAAGACUGGGCGUGGAGAUGUUAUUCUCAAUGAUGUGAAUGGAAGGGUUUGGUCUGCCAAGUACGCGAAACAUGGGAAGCUGGGAUCAAAAAUUUUUGAAGGUUGGAGGGAAUUCUCACAAGAUAAUGAAUUGGAAGUUGGUGAUGUUUGUGUCUUUGAACUAAUUAAUCGCUUUGAAAUUACGUUUAAGGUUGUCAUUCUCCGAGAAGUAAAAGAUGACAAUAAGAACUCAAUUCUUGGUAAGAGCAAAGUGAGACACGAGAAAGAAAUUAUCUCGAAAAAUCCAUCCUUCAAAACUAUUAUUCGACCAGGCCAUCUAGACCAACGCUGUGUGUAUGUACCUGUUGAGUUUAUGGCAGAAUGCAGGCAGCGAAAAUUCACAGGGAAUCUAACGUUAGAGGUGGAAAACAAACGAUGGUUAGUGAAAGUAAUCAACUAUGAUCAGCCUCACUGUCAAGGCAAGUUGUCUGCGGGAUGGUGGUUAUUUGCGAAGGAAAAUUAUCUACAGGAGGGAAAUGUUUGCAUAUUUGAGCUGAUUGACGGUGAAACUAUGCUGAUAAAGGUCAAGAUUGUUAGACAUGUACAUUAACCAUUCAUGUUGCUGUUUUAAGUGCAGAAAGGAAAGGAGGAAUCUUUCUGUCUUUUGUAGUUUUGGAUGGUUUAGCAGAGAUAAUUUUAUAAUUGUGAAUAUUAAUGAAGUUACAAUUUGAUUUUCA